GUGACUUGGCUUUUGUGGCUUUCAUCCCAAGACUGUGACUUGGCAUCUGUCACCUGCUCCAUUGUUCUUGACUCUGAAGACGACAGCAUUCAAGGAACCGGGAAUCUGACUGCCUCUGAGAGGUGUGGUUUCAAAGGACUGAUUUCUGGAGGAGACUAAGAGCCUGCUGGACUCGGGGUUUAAGGUCUGGUUGAACGUCUGGAGGGUUGCCUUGCCAAGCAUGAAGGCUAUCAUGUGAUUCCAGGACUGGGCAGGAGUCGUCAUGCAUUCCAACUGCGCUGCCGAGAAUGGGCGGCAGCCCCAGGAAGUUGCCCGGCUGAUCAAGAAGCACCUGGUGCACUCCAUCAAAGCCCUGCAGAAGCAUUACGUGACGUCCGACGCGCUCGUAACCAGUGACGACGGGGACGCCAACACUCUCUGUUGUGCGCUGGAGGCGGUGUUUGUGCACGGACUGAAGGCCAAGCAUAUCAAGACGGAAGCUGGAGCCAAAGGGAGGAAACUAGGGGGGCGCCCGCCCCUUCCUCAGCCUGUUUUCUGGGCCCUUCUAAAAUCUAUCACGCACAGAAACAUAAUUUCUGAACUGGAACGCCUGGACUUCAUCAACACAGACGUGGGGCGCUGCCGCGCGUGGCUCAGGCUGGCGCUGAACGACGGCCUGAUGGAGUGCUACCUGAAGCUCCUGCUCCACGAGGAGGCCCGCCUGUCCGAGUACUACCACUCGCCGGCCCUGCUGCUGGAUGCCGAGGAGUGCGAGUUCCUCCUGAGCUACCUGCGGGGCUUGUCCUCCCUCGCCUUCGACCUCUCCUACAAAUCGGCCGUCUUGAACGAGUGGACCGUCACGCCUCUCUCGCUGUCAGGGCUGUGCCCGGCCUCUGAACUGCUGGACGCCCUGGGGGGUUUGGAGCCGCGGAGGAAGGUGUCGCUGGGCUCUCUCUCGCAGUCCUCCGGCUCCGACGAGGUCGAAGGUCGCCCCACUACCUUGCCCCUUGCCAGAGGCCAGCGGGCCGAGACGCUCACGGCCUCCAACCUGAGCCUGAGCACGACGGGCUCCUCGCAGCUCUCCUCCAGCCUCGGCUCAGACGGGCUCCUCCCUGGGAGCUGCACCCGGAGCCCAGACAGGGGGGAAGGGCCCGUCUUGGGUGGUGCUGAAGUUGGUACCGCAGCCGCGAACGACUUGGACCGGUCACUCCAGGAGGUGCUAGCGGAAUUCAGCCGAGCACGAAGGAAACUGGACUCUGCGGAAGAGAAGCCGAGCCCUGCCCUGGCCGAGUCCCCCCUGCCACGGGGCCCCUGUCCCGCAGCCCGGUCCUGCACGGCACCCCUUCCUUCCACGGAAGGGGCUGGGAGCCCUGCACUCGUCAUCCAGUCGCCACCUCCUCCUCCCCCGCUGUGACCACAGCCUCCCGGUGGAGGCGUCCCACUGGAAACGGGCAAAACCGCAGAGACCUUGGCAGCCCUUUGUGCCAGGAUCCCGCCCGCCCCCGGGCUGGUCGGAACACGCGUUGCCAAACGGGAAGGGGAAGCACCCCGGAUUCACUGUGUUGUCAGCAGAGAGGUGGAAGAGGGCAUCUGCCACGUGAAUGGCCACGUGAAUGACGGAAACCAGGCAGGGAUGGGAGAACUUCCCUCACCAAUCUCUCCGGUGGGCUGUCUGAAAACAAAUUGGAUCACUGAGGAUGAUUUUCACCUUCCUCCUCCUGCUGAGGAGGGAAGAGGCCCCUCCUCUCCCCACCGGGCACCUCCAGAGAGAGCGGUUGGUGUCCAGCCACCGAUGCAGAGGGAUCCGGGCCCACUUCGGACGCCUUCCCCAGAGUCCUGGAAAUCCAAACCAUCCCCUGAGCGAGAAGCAAAGGGUUUCAGUGUAGUCCAUAGGAGGCAGAUAGGCCUUUCCAACCCGUUCCGCGGCCUGCUGAAGCUGGGGAACCUGGAGCGGCGGGGAGCCGUGGGCAUCUGGAAGGAGUUCUUCUGCGAGCUCUCGCCCCUGGAGCUGCGCCUGUUUGUGGACAGCGAGGAGCGGGUGUGUGUGGAGACCUGCUCCCUGCUGCGCUGCGACUCCCUGGGGGCGGCGCACCACGACGGCCGGUUCGAUCUCGUCUUCUCGGGCAAGCAGCUGUGCCUUCGGGCCGCCUGCCGAGACGAGGCGGAGGACUGGCUGGACCGGCUGCACGAAGCCCUUCAGAAGUGCCGGCCUCAGGCGGAGGAGGACUGGGGGACCAUCGAGUGCCCGGAAGAGGCGGAGGACCUUGAGGCAAGCCCUGCCGGUGGGGAGCCCGGGGGUCCGUUGGGCCUCCUGCUGUACGAUGAAACUGGCGAGAACGAGCCGGACUGGACGUGUGCCCUCGCCCCCGAGGUGGAUGCGGUCAAGGAGUCUGUCCUGUACCUGGAGGCGGACCGGGCCUGGGUCCCUUUCGUGUUCUCCUUGUCCUUAGAAGCCCUGAAGUGCUUCAAGGCCAGGAACGGCGAGAAAACCCUGAGCAACAGCUACGGGGUCGAGACCAUCCAGGACAUCCUCCCUGACGUCAGCCUGGGCGGGCCGGCCUUCUUCAAAGUCAUCACCUCGAAAGCGGUGCUGAAGCUGAGGGCCCAGAAUGCGGAGGAGGCCGCGGACUGGAGAGACCUGGUCCGCCAGGUGCUCAUGUCCUACCUGGAGACCGCCGAGGAGGCCCUGACGCUUGGAGGCAACCUGGAUGGGAACUCGCAGGCCAUCCUGAAGAACACCGUCAGGGAGAACGGCUUCCUCCUGCAGUACUUGGUCGCCAUCCCCACAGAGAAGGGUCUGGACUGCCAGAGCUUCAUUUGUGCAGGCUGCUCCAGGCAGAUCGGCUUCUCCUCUCCGAAGCCCAAGUUGUGUUCGUUCACGGGCCUCUAUUACUGUGACAGCUGCCACCGGGACGACGAAGUGGUGAUCCCUUCACGCCUGAUCCACAACUGGGAUCUCACCCGGCAUCCGCUGGCCACAAGGCUGUUCCGCGUGCAGCAAGAUGCGGAUCUGGAGGGGACGUACGAAGCCAGGCUUCCCCAGGAGACCACCGCGCUGGAUCACCGGCAUUACCUCCUGGAGACUCUCCAUAAAUACAGUGUGGCUGACCUGAGUCAGAUCGCAGACGGCGUGUUUGAGACGUUCCUUCAGUCCCUGAUUCAGUUCGCUUCCCACCACGUCUACAACUGUGACCUUUGCACCCAGAGGGGCUUCAUCUGCCAAAUCUGCAACAGCAACGACAUCAUCUUCCCCUUUGAGUUCGACACAACGGCCAGGCCCUACACGAGAGCAGGCCGCCUGGCCGAGGAAGGGCACAGACGACGCGUUGGAGGGGAGAUCCGGCAAAGGGGCGAGAGAGGGCCGCUGGAUCAGUCGGAGAGGAGUGAAGCGGAGGCAGGUCCGGGCCAGACGCGCAGGCUGGGGCAGGUCCGUGCAGCUCUUGACAGGAGGAGCCGGGAUGUGCGGUGA